AUGGCGCCUCAACUACCAAUUUUUCAGUAUUUCGAAAGGUAUCAUCUUGAGAAGAGAAGGAUUUUCGGUUUCUAUUUCCGCGAACUGACCUCAGAGCCCAGCUCCAAGGAGACGAGCGAGCUGCGUACUCAGCUUUCUCUAACCCUGUCCGACAGGAACGUCCCCUUCCCUGCUGCCAGGACCAGCCCCAGUGUGGAAGUGUCCACCCGUGGAAGUCAACUCUUGCGAAUUUCCUCCAACCAGCCUGCUGCUCAUUGGCCUGGAAUUCCGGGGUCUGAUCUUAGCAGACCCAGGGAAAAGCUAUCACAUUAUGUCAUUGCCAGCUCAGCGGUAGCCUGGGCCUGCCUUCUGCCUAGGGUCAGAGGAGGUGGGGGCAGACACCAGAGCAGUGUGACCUGUGCCAGGUUGCUGUACCCCACGGAGACUGGGAGUGGAGGACACCUGUGUCCAAUGCAGAAGCAACUGAGGACAAUUUUGGUUCAAGUGGAUAUCUUUGCUGUCCUUUGCACAACAAGCGGACUGCUGGGAGCUGGCCCUGCUCAUCCCUGGUCCGCUCUAUCCCUGGUCCUCCAGGCCUUGCCGAUCAAACCUCUCCUCCAUCCAUCUGCCUCAUUUCAGGGAAACCCAGUACCUCUUAGAGUGAAGGAGGAACACAGUGACUGCAGCCCAGCCAGAGUAAAUACUUUCACUUCUGUUUUCCCCAUUUGGGCGGAGCCCUCUCUUGUUGAGUCAGUUGGUUGGCCGGCUGACUUCCUGCUCAGCGCCCGGGCAGCCACACUGGACUCAGGCUGGGCAGACUCGAACACCCGAGGCAGGGCCUGGGGUGGGAAGAUGGCAGGUGAGGGCAGCCAGCUGAGCAUCAGGAUUCCCCCAGAAGACCAGAAUGUAGAUGAGAUGCUUAUCUAUGAGACUGUAUUCAGUUACUUCAGUAGACAUAAGGUGGAGAUUUCAAGUGCAAUACAAAAGACAUUUCCAUUCUUUGAGCGCCUCCGUGACCAUAAAUUCAUCACAGAUAAAAUGUUUGAAGAUUCUCAAGAGUCGUGUAAAAACUUGGUACCUGUACCAAGAGUGGUGUACCAUGUUCUCUGUGAACUGGAGAAAGCAUUCGACCCAUCCAUUCUGGAGUUAUUGUUCGACGAGAUCAGCAUGAAGGAAUACCCUGAUUUAAUUCAUAUCUAUAAAAGCCUCAACAAAGCAAUCCAAGACAAAGUUAAUCCUCAAGAAAAUGAUGAAGAAGAAAGGGAGGCGAGGGCUGGCAUCCAACUAAGCCUUGAACAAGGACCUGGUGAAAACCCUUUUUCAAGUCUGACCUGGUUACGCUCCAAUUCCUCACUUGACAUUGGUACACCCUCACGUGAAAAUGGAGUCUCAGAGCAACUCUAUGAAAAAGAAGAGUUAAAUGCAAAGAGAGAAGACACAACCAGUGACAAAAAUGAUGCACUAGGAAGCCAACAGGCAAAUACACAAUGUGUCCAAGGGUCUGUGCCAACAGAGUCCUGCGAACAAGUAGCUGUCCAAGUGAAUAAUGGAAGUGCAAGAAAGGAGAUGCCCAGCCCAAGAACGGAGACGGCUAGCCCAUUGCCCUGCAAUGAAGAAAGGGCAACACUAUCCAGCCAAGGAAUCCAGUUUAAUCCCUGUUCUGUAUGUCUGGUGGAUAUCAAGAAGGAAAACCCAUGUUCUGACUCAGAAGUUGAGCAGCAAGCUAAAGCAAGGACUAACCAUACACAAUCGCUUGAGAUAAUAGUCAUCAGCAGUGAGGACUCUGAAGGAUCCACUGAGGAAGACGAGCCCCUGGUAAUAUCUGCUGCAGCACUGACAAGUGUGCCUGAGAUCAAUAAUUACAAUUCUUUAGAAUUCAGUGAGGAAGAGGAGGCCCAAGAAGCAAGUGGCUCAGGACUUCAGAUUGCAGCAGAGUCCAUAGAUUUCAGAAAAUCAGUUACAUUCAGAAAAAAUAUUAGGAAAAGAGUGAUUGGACAAGACCAUAACUUUUCGGAGUUCAGUGAGGAGGAGGAAGAGCCCACAGCAGUUUUGAAGAUGACACCAAUAAGUGAGUAUCCUGUGAAUAUUAGAAGCUCACCUUCUAGGAGGUCACACAAAAGACGGUUAAGCAGUAGUGACUUUUCAGAGCUGAGUUCUGGAGAAGAGACUCAGAAAACCUACAGCUCAAUCCUAAGAAGUGGUUCAGGAUCAGAGCUACAAGGACCUGAAACUGAGGAGUAUUUUAUCAUUUGUUUUUCAAAAGGUGUGCCAAGACGUCAAGAAGCAAGGACUGAAAGUAGGCAAUCAUCUGACAUGAUGGAUACCAUGGACAUUGAAAAUAAUUCUACUUUGGAAAAACACAGUGAGAAAAGAAGGAAAAGGAGAAAACAGGUAUAUAAAGUAAACAGUCUCCAAAGAGGUAAGAAGAAAUGCAGACCUCGAAGCCACUUAACUCUGAAUAAAAGAGUCACACAGAAAACACACCAACAAAGAGGGAGAAAAAGCAUCAACUCUGAACCUUUGAAAAGAAAAAGAAGAAGAGGUCCGAGAAUUCCCAGAGAUGAAAAUAUUGAUUUUCAAUGUCCUCAACUUGCUGUGACUUGUGGUGAGCUGAAGGGGACUCUAUAUAAGGAGAAAUUCAAACAAGGAACCUCAGGGAAGAGUAUACAGAGUGAGCAUGGAAGGUGGCUCAGUCCCAGGGAAUUUGAAGUUGAAGGAGGCUACGCAGCAUCCAAGAACUGGAAGCUAAGUGUGCGCUGCGGUGGAUGGACCCUGAAAGACCUGAUAGAGAAAGGCUUUCUACCAGACCUACCAAAACUAAGAAAAAAGAAAAUACUGAAGUCUCCGAACAAUACCUUAGUUGAUCCUUGUCCAGAAAACUCAAAUGUAUGUGAAGUGUGCCACAAAUGGGGACGCCUGUUCUGCUGUGAUACUUGUCCAAAAUCCUUUCAUGAGAACUGCCACAUUCCACCUGUGGAAACUGAGAAGGACCCAUGGAGUUGCAUCUUCUGCAAGACAAAGCCCAUUCAGGAAAGUCAACCAUGUUAUCAGGAAUCUGAGGUCCUGAUGAGGCAAAUGCUGCCCGAGGAACAGUUGAAAUGUGAGUUGCUCCUCUUGAAGGUCUACUGUGAUUCAAAAAGCCUCUUUUUUGCCUCAAAGCCAUAUUAUAGCAGAAAAGGGCUUUGGAACCCAAAGGACUCCAUGUGGUUAAACAAAGUCAAGAAAAGGCUAACUGAGAAGAUGUACAAUCAAGUGAAGGGAUUUGUGUAUGACAUGCGCCUCAUCUUUGAGAAGCACAAGGUAUAUUACAAGAAAGAUAAAUUCGUCAGACUGGGAGUUCAAGUACAGAACACCUUUGAAAAGAAUUUCAAAAAUAUUUUUGCAAUUCAGGAAACAAGCAGAAACAUUGUUAUGUUAACAUAGCCCAUUUUUUAUUUCCCUUAUUCAGAAUCUUUUGCAGCUAGAUAU